UCCGGUAGAAACCGGAAGUCAGUGUCGCCUCAACUCUGUCAGAUUCUCAGGUGGAAUUCUUGGUGGGCUUUGGGGGUGGAAGUGAGAUGUGAUCCGGGAAGGCUGCCGAGAGUGGUGUUCAGUGUGAAGUCCUUCCACAAAUGAAGAACCAGGAAGAAGUGAAAGGAACAGGAAGAAGUCAAGUUGGUUAAAGCCGUGUCCCUGGGCUUAGUGACAUUCACAAGUGUGGCCGUAAACUCCCAAGAUGAAUGAGGAUGGCCGAAUCUUGCCCAGAGGAGUCUGUACAGGAAGGUGAUACCGGACUACUACAGGAACCUGGUUGCAGUGGGUCUUUGCAUUUUUAAACCAGAUGCGAGCCUGUUACUGUAUCAAGAGAGGGAGCCGUGGACAUAAAAGGAGAGGCAUCCAGAGGUCCGUGCCCAGGUUUUGAAUCCUGUGCCUGAGGAACACCCCAGGACGCUGAAACGGAGAAGUCAAAGCCUGCCUUGGAAGGCCCGCCUCCUCCCGAGGAGAUGCAGGGCCUGGGGCCUGAGCAGGCACAGGGACUGCUACCUCGGGACGGCAGGGCCUGGGAGAAGCCAUGCCAACCCACCUUCCCCAAGGACUGGGAGGCUGUGGAUGUCGGGGCCUCGAGCUGCGACAGCGAUGAGAAAGAUGUGUCUUCUCAAGACACUGGGCUGUCUCAGGACUGGAGUUCGGUAGACGAAGACGAUGAGUCAGAGGACUCCCAGGGCUUUAUGGAGUGGUCCAGAGCUCCACAGCAAACAACCAUUGUGUUGGUAGUAUGUGUGCUGUUCUUAUUCUUGGUUUUAACUGGGAUGCCCAUGAUGCUCCACAUUUAACUAUCACAGUAGCUGCUGUAUGAAAAUGUAAGCCCGGUGUCACUUAAGAGACUGUCCUAGCUUGAAACCAUGAAUGGGUAUGGAACAUUAUGAAAUACCUUUCAAACAUCCAUUGAGAUGAGUUUAGUAUGAUCUUUAAUUUAUUUUAAAGAUUUAUGUUUAAUUAUGUAUGUGUCUCUGUGUGUAUAUAUAUGUGCUUUAUGAGUGCAGUUCCCGCAGAGGCCAGCAGAGGGAGUCUGAGCUCCUGCAACUGGAGUUGUAGGCAGUUGUGAGCUGCCUGGUAUGGGUGCUGGGAGCAGAUCUCUGGUUCUCUGCAAGAGCAGUAAGCUCCCUGAACUGCUGAGCUGUCACUCCAGCUUCAUGAGUUCUUUCUUUCUUUCUUUUUUUUUCAAAUAACCCUUUUAGUAUGAGGUUUUUGUCAUGACCAAGAUUCAUUUAAAUGUAUACAUCAUUGAUUGUAAAAAACACAUAUUAUUUUGUAUACUACUGAGAAAUUUUGUUUACUGCUGAGAAAGAAAAAUGUGAAUUGAUUAUAAGACAUUAUGAAUUGGAAGACACUUCUUCAGAGAAGGUGAAAAAUGUGCAACUUAAGGUCAAUGAUGAAUCAUCUUCUGUCUUUAAAAAAUAUUAUAUUACAAUUUAACAUUUUGCUUGCAUGUGUGUGUCUAUAUACUGAGUAUGUGCCUGGGGCCUGUGGAGGCCAGAAGAGGGUGUUGGAUCCCUUAAAACUGGAGUUACAGAUGGUUCUGAGCUACCAUGUGGGUGCUGGGAAUUGAACCUGGGUACUUUGGAAGAGUAGCCAGUGCUCCUAAAUUCUGAGCAUCUUUCCAGUCUCAACAUCAUAGCAUCUUCAGUAUGUAUAGUCUUUUCCAUAUACUGCCUUCUUUUUCUUGCUAUUUUAUGUAAGGACUCUUGCCUCUUCUUGACGUGUUCAGUUGGUGCUAUUUUUGUGAGGUUUUGGUCUCAUGGCUUAAGCUUGCAUCAUUGAGAGAUGUGAGUAAUUUUUUUUACACUUUUUAGUGCUUUUGAAUAAUUUCUGUAGCUUGAGAAAUAUCAGAUCUUUGGCAGUUUGAAAGAAUUUACUGUGGCUGGAGCGAUGGCUCAAUGCUGCAGAGUGCAUAUCACUCUUGCAAUUUGUUUCCAGUCACACACAUGGAGCAGCUCACAACUGCCUGUAACUCCAGCUCCAGGGGAUUAGACUCCCUCUUCUGGCCUCUGGUGGCACUACACUCAUAUGUAUAUACCCACUCAUAUUCUUCUUCAAGUACAUAUACUUAAAAAAAUAAAUCUUAAAAAAAAUCUUUUUAAAGAAUUCACCAGUAGUCAGCUCUGAGAUUUGUGAGGGGGGAAAUCUCAGGCAAUGUUUGGAUAGAGGUUUGAGUUAUGUAACUCAUUUAUUAGUCAUUACUAUGAUAAUUCUAUAUCAGUAGUUUGUGAAUAGUUUUUUUACUUCUUGGAUUCAUUUUGAUGAUCUAUAAUAGUCUUUUAUCCUCUAGAGAGUUCUUCAUUCUGUAGACCUUUUGAGAUUAUAAGCUUAAGUAGGAACACUAUUUUUAUAAUUAAACAGAGAGAUUCUCUGCAUUUUUUUCCUAUCACUGUUCUCCUUUCAACUUGUCUCUGUGGCCUACUUGUUAUUUGGCUUUCACUUAUCUGGUUCUUAGUGGUUCUGGUUUUUCCAAAGAUGUAGUAUUUGGCUUUAUUUAUAGCCAUUGUUUCUUUUAUUUGUCAUUUACUUUUCAAUGAAUUAAAUUAUAAGAUUUAAUUGUGCUUAGUUCUGACCACUUUUAUUUCUUGUGUUCGCAUUUAAGGCUGAACACUUAAUUUAAAUUCUCUCUACACUUGCAAUAAUGACAUAUUUAAUAGUAGAACUAUCCUUCUGGAUAUUACCUUGGCCACAUCUUGACAUUAUGUAAUCAACAUCCUUGCUUAUUGUGAUGUUUUGUGUAGCAGUCCUACUAAAGACUUGGAAGUUCAGUGGUUUAGUUUGUUUUUUGUUUAACAACCCUUUUGUGGUGGUGGAGGGGCUGGGGACAUGGCUCAGUUGCUCUGCCAACAUAAGGACCUGAGUUUGAAUCCUCAGGAUCCACAAAGUGCAUGGCUGUCUGGGCUGUCGUUUUUAGCAUUGGGAAGUGGCAUUGGGUAGAGACAGUGCUCAGAACUCACUGGCCAGCCAGUUUAGCCAAAAAGGCAAGCUUCUAGUUCAGUGAGAGACCCUGUCUCAAGGCAAUAAGGUGUUAAGCAAAGGAGGAAGACAAACCAUGUCCUGUCCUAAUUUCCACAAGCACAUUCAUGGGUGAGCACUUAUGUACCCACAUGUGUGCAACCAACCCACCCAUUCAUACCCACCCACACCCACCCACACCCAUCCAUCUCCCCUAACACAAAAGGUAAAAGAGUUGUGUAACUUUUAUACCCUGCUAAUGUAACCUGUAAUAUAUUUGCUUCCAAAACACUUGGAAAGCAACUAGAGCUGAGUUCACGCCUAAUAUUUGUAAAUAUUUUGUGCAUAGUUAAGAUGAAUAUCUGCUCUUUGUAGAAUAGAGACCCAUCCAUCUCCCCCAAUGCAAAAGGUAAAAGAGUUGUGUAACUUUUAUAUUUUGCUAAUGUAGCCUGUAAUAUAUUUGCUUCCAAAACACUUGGAAAAGCAACUAGAGGUGAGUUCACGCCUAAUAUUUGUAAAUAUUUUGUGCGUAGUUAAGAUGAAUAUCUGCUCUUUGUAGAAUAGAGCCCCAUCCAUCUCCCCCAACACAAAAGGUAAAAGAGUUAUGUAACUUUUAUAUUCUGCUAAUGUAACCUGUAAUAUAUUUGCUUCCAAAACACUUGGAAAGCAACUAGAGCCCAGGUCACGACUAAUAUUUGUAAAUAUUUUGUGCGUAGUUAAGAUGAAUAUCUGCUCUUUGUAGAAUAGAGACCCAUGUAUGUCUGUCAACUCCGACUCAUCGAUGAUAUUCCUUAGCUUCACCUGUUAUGUGGCUUUGGAUUGUGUGUCUGUUAAUUUGAUUUACCAGUAUAUUUUUAUAAUAUUUGCCUUAUGUCCUCACUAGCUGUGUAAUUCAAUAUAAACAAAUCCAGAACUAUUAUAAUUUGCUGAUUAAAUGACAUAUGUAAAACACCAGGCACAUAAGGCAUAUAAUAAUCACUCAAUAAAUGCCAGUUAAAACCUGA